AUGUGUGUUCUGGUUCUGCUCACCUGUAUUGUGCUGGGAGCAUUCAAUGCUCAGGCAAAAGUGGUCACAAACUUUCGUGAGUGUAACCGCUUUUUCUACAAACAAACCGAACCAAGAGGAAUGGAUCAGAAUGCCAAGAAAAUCUGUCAGACGUUAGAAUAUGCAGACUCUUAUUACGCUACACUUUACUCAGUCUCUCACAGGAUUCCCCUCUACAGCGCCUACAUAUUUGACCCCAAGUGCUCAGACACUUCUGGAAGGACAGACAAAUGGCACAUUGAGCCACAGAUUUCCGGGUACAGUACUGAGCAUAUGGUCCUUGAGAAAGACUCUGAUAAAAACAUUAUUAAAGUAAAACAAGCCAUCAGUGAUGACUACCUUGACACCGGAUAUGAUCGUGGACACCUGAACCCCAACAGUUUCCAAUGCGAUGAUGGCCGUAAAGCAACGUUUACACUGACCAAUGUAGCACCCAUGGACGCAUGUUUCAACCGUAUCCACUGGAAGAAUUGGGAGAGCACUUUGAGGAGUUUUUUAAAAAGCAGUCCUUAUUAUAUUGCAACAGCCUACAUUGUCACAGGAACGGUACCCGAUGCAAAUGUAAGAAUACCACAAACGGGAACCUCUGAAAACCCUGAAAGAGUGACGGUGCCCUCUCACAUCUGGACGGCUGUCUGUUAUAAACACCGCAUAGAUGACAGCUACUCAUUUUCCUUCGCCUAUAUGGGAAACAAUCAGCCGGUAGCUAGCAUAAACCUGAUGACUGUCUCAAACCUGAAUAAUCGGCUCAGCGGACUCUACAGUCAGCCAAUUACCAUUUUUGCUGACGAUUGCCAUGAAGACAAUAAUAAAUUUCAGGUUAAGGUUCAGGUUAAGUUUGCUAAAUUAAUCAACCUGCCAGUGAAUCAAGGAGUCCAAAAGCUCUCAGACGUGCAGAUUACAUUUAGUGCAGUGAAAAGGGCCAGAGAAACCAUAUCACUUGAAGGUCCCGUCAAUGUGAUAAUGAUGACAGCAGAAUUAGGCUUCAACACUUUGAGUGCUUAUUUCACUGGGACAGAAGAGCUGAAGCUUUUUACUGGAAGUGCUUGUCUUAUAACUAACAGCAAAAAUACUAACGGCAAAAAUACUGUGCAUGAUGAGCUCAGAAAAAGGGACGUAUCCAAGGGGUCUGAUUCUGUUGAAUGCCUGUUGGUCCCAGAGAAGCAGAAUACCGCAGCCGAUGGCUCACACUGCUCAAGCAUCUCAGACAAUACUUACAGCUGUCUAUGCAUCAUAGGAGGAACAACCAAGCAAUGCUGCUCCUCUCCCUGCUUGUACCAGGACAAACGCAAAAGCUACUGGUGUUACUCCGGCAAGGAACAGAUACCGUGCUCACCCCGGUACUCGCUCAUUACGGCUAAAGGGGACAGGUGCAAGGAUGAUCACCCCUGCGCCACAUACGGUGAGGACUACUACUGGUGUCAGAAAAUCUCUGGCAGCUGGGAUUACUGCAGUCCUCCACUGUGGCGAAGUAAGGCUAAAGAUGGGAAGUACUGCCGCAGUAACCAUGCCUGUGCCAAAUAUGGUAAAGGAUAUCAGUGGUGCUACACGGAUGAUGAUGGCCAUUAUGAUAAAUGCUGUACUUCUGAUGACUGCUUCUCAGCUGUGAAUGGCAAAACCUGCAGGUCUGAUCAUCCCUGUGGCAAACAUGGUAAACGUUAUCUGUGGUGCUACAUUACCAAUGGCAAUUGGGAUUAUUGUUGCACAGAUUGUAGUCAGUAG